GCGGAGGAAAGAAGCGAUUCCAGGUAGAAGGACGAAGCGAAAGGACGGCAAGCAGACGGAAAACUCCGACGAAAGAAAAAAGGUGCGUCUGUGCGGAAGCUUUCUUAAAACGAGUGAGAAAGCUGUCCUGUACUGACCGUCAUCAUGAUUGCCAGACCGAAAUGCGACAUCUUCAGCCUCAUGAUAGAGAACCCGAGGAUCGUGUUCUCCAUUCGUUGGAUUUAUUCCAAAGAGUUAAGCUCUUUCGUGUGGGGCGGAGGGUGCUACAGAAAAGCUGUCUUUGAUGAAGGGCAGGGAUGUCGAGCUGUUGGCACCAGUGAAGAUGGCCUUGAGAACGGUGUCAGGAAGGUGUGCAAAGAGGAAUCACAGUCGUCUGAUGAUGAUUCCUCCAAGGGAUCAUCCGGAAGAGCGCAUUCUCCUAAGUCUUCGUUAUGCAAUUGUGAGCAUACAGCUCGCUGCUGCUGUGAGACAGAGUCGCCGGCUGUUGACAUGGGGAUCUCAGAGCUGAGCGAGGCCAUGUUCAGAAAACUUUUCAACACCAACAAUGCUUUCGCAAUGGUGCAGGCCGGAUUGCGCAGCCAAGCCGUAAACAGCAACAAGCCGCAAUGGUAUUGUCUUCCGAGUGCAAGUCCCUUCCAGAUGGCACUUUGCUGCAUUUUCACCAAAACGGAACAUGCAGUCUACGAGUUUGGGCUGAUCGCAGGGCUGAAUCAAGUGGAUCUCGCGGGUGCCUCUCCCAUCAAUAAACUCGUAGAAAAACUUUGUUGUGACGUGAAAGGGCAUGACGACUUUGAUCCGAGGGCGGAGAGUACCAAUGAUCUGGGAGAGGUGGAUGAGACUGCUGACAUGAUACAGCAGUCCCCACACGGUCUGGUCUCAGGGUUGGAUCACAAUCGAUUUUGGUUCCGCAGACAAGGAACGGCGGUGGAAUCCUUUUAUGCUGCAGAGUCAACGGCCCCUUCUCACAGCCAAUUUGAAAACAGUGACAACAAUUCUCGUCCUUUUGGAGUCGGAAGGACGCAGAAAUAUCGUGCUGCCGGUGUAGGUGGAAACUAUCCGAAUGACAUUAUACUGCAUGGAUAUCAUCCCAAGUUUUCUGUAGGAUCGGGGCAAGGAGCGGGUGAUGUCAGGGAAAAUGCAGGCGGCCUCAUUUCACGGCAUCUUCAGGGUGCCAAUUUCUCUGGGGUUGAUGGGAUGAAUGUCAUGUCUUGUAUGUUAGGAGGGAGACAUGGCAAACUUGCCGCAAGGUUCACAUGGAGUGAACAAUCUUCGUUGUCACAGGACUUUGCAGCUUCUGACAACGAAAUGUAUGGAAUUGAUUGGGUUGAAGAUCCAGGGAAUCAGAUGGACACAAUCAGCGGUGCGUCCGACCUCAUCACGAGCUCGACUUACGGGAGCCCUCCGAGUCCUACGUCUGGAUUGUGCUCCAAUCUGCUGGCUCAGGAGAGCUCCGUAGCCAUGAAACCUCGUUAUGACUCGAUUAGCCUCCCUGGUGGCAGUCUAUCUGAUGGCACAAUGUGUAGCCAUCUGGUGAGUGGUGGAGCUGAUAAAGUCAUCCAAGGUCAGGGUGACAUCUUAGAUCAGGGUGAGAGGGAGGUGAUGUACAGCAGAGUGCCAUCGGAAGAUUAUGGGCCCGGGGAGUCGAUGCUACCCUUUGAGAGCAGCAGCAAGUGGGACCCUGAGAUGAACCCGGGAUUCUCGUUGGGAUUUAGUGAAGAGGAUCUGGAUGGCGUUUCUGAGGAAUCGCGUUUAGAUGGCUUUCUGGAGGACCCUUCUCAACAUGCUGGUGACAAUUUUGGGAUAUCGAGAACACAGUUUGAGAUGGAUCCCUUGCAGGACGGUAUUGGCCUAGGCAUCGCAGAUGAUCGACCCUGCAACGCCCACCAGCAGAGUGUUGCAUCAAUAAGUCCGGGCUCGUUGGAGCAAUUGCUAGCCAGUGCAGGUUCGUACGCAGAUCCCGCGUAUGCAUCAGGAGACUCUGUGGAGAAAAUCCUGCCCACAGUUUCAAGUCAGGAGCAUGCAGAACCGGAGAGGACAGCGAUGGCGUUUGAUGACAAGAAGAGCAGCAGCAGCCGAAACGCUACGUACCAAGUGACUUCAGAAAGCCCAAUUAUUCAUUCCAAAAUGGGGAGAUCACAGAUGACCUGCCCCAUCCCUGAUGUGGAUUGCGGAGGUGCUCCGAAAAGGCGUUCUCCCAGGGCCGGCUCUGGAGAUGGCGGUGUUUCAUCAUCACAGGCAAGGACAAGAAGCUCGCAGCCAUCACUGGUGUCAGCGCCAGUGUCCUCCCCCCCGUUGCUACAGUCAGCCAAGCCUGAAAUGGACGGAUGCUCAAAACCUGAGGUAUCGUGCAGUGAGGGCGGAGAAAACAAGCAGACUCAAAAGAACUCUACAGAGAGAAAGAGGCCUAGAAGAGGUGGGGGAAACCAAGCACAGACUGAGGAGAAGAUCAUGUAUGAUGAUCCUGAUGAUUGUGAGGGGACAGGAAAGGGGCCCGGGAAACGACGACAUUCCGAGCCUAACAGCACGGCCAUUGCAGAGCGGGAUAGGAGGCGAAGAAUGAACCAGGCAUUUGAAGCACUUCGAGGGAAAGUCCCUGAUGCACCAAGGAGAGGAAAGGCUGAUCUCCUGGAGUGUGCGACACGGUACAUUAGCAGACUCCAAGAACUUCUAGCAUGCCGGGGGGUCUCUGGAGCGUCUCUAGCUGCGGAGGGAAAGGGGAACGAGGAGGGGGGCUUGGCAUUUGAUCGUGAGGACACACAACAGGACGUGGAUGCGGGGGUUCAAAUUCGCCAGCAGAGUGGAGGGGCAUGUGAAACUAGUAAUCCAGAGAAGGAGAGAAACGCGCAAGGUCUUCUGAGUGCAGGCAAUGAAGACUCGGAUUCGGAUGUCGGGGUGCACUCUGAUGCAGCCUCGACGGGGGCAGUGUCAAUGGAUGAAGACCCAGUGACCAUGAAGGUGGGGGAGGAGAGUGUCCAUGGGGCAGUUAAAGUUCUGUCCAGGAGAUGGGUAGCAGAAAAGCACAGUCCUUGCGAAAUGCAAGAGGUAUCCAGAAGAGCGCUGGCAAGUUGCAGUGCAGCAGCAAGGGGGAAGGAAAAGGGGCUGCAUGUUGCCGAGGACGAAGGUAGUCAUCCCACUUCGCCAUCGAUGGCUUCCCAAGGAGUGGUAAAGUGCGAGUUUCACAUUGCGGAGACAGAUGGGUGUGUGCAGAGGGUUGUGCUGAGCUAUCCUGCUGAGGGAUACAGUGAAAAUUGCCUUGCACGCAUUCUGUGCCAGCUUGCGAGCUUCAAGCUCCAGGUCAGGAGGACGACGAUGGACGUUGAAAAAGGCUGGACUCAAGUUAACAUAGGAUUUGAGGACGAGCAGGGACUGUCGGAGUCGAGCCAAGCACUUUGCCAACUGGAAGAAUCUCUGAGGGAGAUCUUCUUUCAAAUCCAUAGAGACUGAAACGAGCCACAAUGUUUGCUGUUUGAAGGAACGUACGACGUACAAGACAACCAGCACACAACCAGCAACCUUCUAUCCGAUAGACGGGUAUCCUACUUCAUGCACACAGGACCAGAAACUAGAGCGAAUAGAAGGUGGGUGUCUGGAUUGCUCUCCAGUCUUACGCAUGACGUUCAUGCUUUCUGAGCCGCUGUACAGCUAUUUCACUACGUCGAAGGAGAUUAUCUCAUCGGAUUUAAUCGGAGGAGGCAGCUGGCAUGUUUGCGUGACAAGUGGGUGCUGAGGGAAGCACUUCUGCUGUUGCAAGACCAG